AUGUUUUUACAGGGUUACGCCAAGCUCAUGAGUCCCGGAUUUCACUUCAUCUUCGUAACGUAUUCCAUAACUUUGCAUUUCGGUCUUUGCUUUCCAUUCCUUGUCUUCAUUUCUUUUUAUCUCUUAUUUUCUUAUCAUUCUUUGUCUUCCCUUCUGUCUUUCUCACCUUCAUUUUGUUCCCUUCAUAGUUUCCUUCUCCCUCUUUUACCAUCUCCUUCAUGCCUCCCUGUUCUGUUUCUUUCCUUCAAUUCUUUCUCUUUUUGUCUCAUCAUUCCUUCUCUCUGUUUCUCACCUUCAUUUCAUUUCCUUAAUUUUGUUUCCUUCACAGUUUCCUUCCCCCUCCUUUACCAUCUCCUUCAUGCCUCCCUGUUCUGUUUCUUUCCUUCAUUUUUUCAUUUCCUCAACUUUGGUUUUCGUAGUUUUCUUCUCCUUCGCUCAUCAUCUUUUUUUCUCCUUCAUAUCUUUCAUUAUUUUGUUUUUGUUCUCAUAAUUUUUUGUCUUCUCUUUUCUUCUUCUUCCUGUUAUUUUGUUUGUUUUCAUAUUUUUUGUCUUUUUCUUCUUAUUAUUAUAUUAUUGUGUUAUUUUUCAUCUUUGUCUUUUUUUCUUCCUGUUUUCUAUUUUCCAUCAUUCCUGUCUUUUUUUUCUUCUUCCUGUUUUCUUUUUUCUAUCAUUCCUGUCUUUUUUUUCUUCUUCCUGUUUUCUUUUUUCCAUCAUUCCUGUCUUUUUUUUCUUCUUCCUGUUUUCUUUUUUCCAUCAUUCCUGUCUUUUUUUUCUUCUUCCUGUUUUCUUUUUUCCUAUCAUUCCUGUCUUUUUUUUCUUCUUCCUGUUUUCUUUUUUCUAUCAUUCCUGUCUUUUUUUUCUUCUUCCUGUUUUCUUUUUUCCAUCAUUCCUGUCUUUUUUCUUCUUCCUGUUUUCUUUUUUCCAUCAUUCCUGUCUUUUUUUCUUCCUGUUUUCUUUUUUCCAUCAUUCCUGUCUUUUUUUCUUCCUGUUUUCUUUUUUCUAUCAUUCCUGUCUUUUUUUUUCUUCUCCAUCUUGUUAUUCUGUUAUUUUCCAUCAUAUUUGCCUUCUCCUUUAUUCUCGCUCCUUCUCUCCAACCCUCCCACUCCUCGUCUUCCCCUUUUUCACACCCAUAUUUAAAUUCCUCCUGAAGGGGUGACUAUAACAAGCGCCCUGAGGUAUCGUUAUUCACACACUCAUUUUCGGAACAUCAGUGUAGCCUCUCUUACCUCUUCUCUACAUGUGAUUCUGAGCCCUGUUAAUCCUCUGCCCUUCCAUUUUCACUCCUCUGGUAUGACUCUGAGUUCCUCGUAAUGUAUAUUUUUACCAGUAAUUUACGACCUUUAUUCUUACUGCAGUGUGAUUCUUAUAAUAGUUACCGUAGGCUGUGUCUUUCAAAUAUACUACUUCUACUACCACUACUACUACUGUUAUUCAAAUCACUACUACUGAUACUGAUAUUCAAAUUACUACUACUACUACUAUGACUAUAUUUUUUGUACCCAUUCAGAGCUUUACAUGUGCUAGAAGUUACGUGCGUACAUCUAAGUUAAGUAUAAGUAUCGUAUAGGGAUCGUGUGAUUUGUAACGUAUUUCUCCUUCCUGCGUUUCCCUCUCGCCAAAAAAUGUGUUCCUGGGUCUGUUUACUUACCCAUCUGUGUCUGUGUUAGUGUGUCUGUUGGCUGUGUCGUGGGUGUAACAGACGGCUUAUGAUGCUUUCGGCUUCGACUGUGUACGAUAGGAUUUUUUAUCUAUAUGUUCGUUCAUCUUUUUUUUUCCGACACAUGAUUGCAUGCCCUCUGCCCCCUCCCCAUCAGCCCUGUCUCUGUACGGUGUGUCUGUGAGAGAAUUGAGGAUGGAUUGUCUGUUCUGCUUUCCAUAUAUUAACAGGUUCAUGGCUUCGUACAGCUAUAUAUGUAAUCAAAGAAGUUUUCCUUUAUUUUUCACUUAGUUUUGUUCAUCUUACAGACCACUCUUCUGAACUAACAUCGGGCUAUGUGAACCAACGUUGCCAGAUUGUCGUACUCAGCCGAUUAUAUUUCCCGACUUUCUACCCCAAAGCUGUCUUCUGGGCUCCAAUAACGAAACUCAUUUAUAGUUAUCGUUAAAAGAGUUAGAUUCUGGUGUGUCUUGGCACUAGUUAGGCGUCAGAAACAGGUAAAUACUAUGCUCUGAGUAUGACAAUCUGGCAACAGUGAUGUGAACUCCCUCUGCACUCUCAUUGGGCUAUAGUAACUUUUUUCCUAACUAUCACUAGGCAUUAUCAGGUGUUUAUAUUUUCAUUUCUUCUGGUCCUCAAACCCCCAUAUGAAGCUGUAUUGAAUGGGACUGGCUUCUGGAAAUAUUAGGCUACACCAUCUCUUUCUCCGAGGCUAUAUUAACUGCUUUUAACUUUUGCUUGGCUGUAUCAACUCUUAUUUCCAAUCUUCUGUCCCUCAAAUCCCCAUAUCAUGAAGUUUCUGUAUUGAAUGGGACUGGCUUCUGGAAAUAUUAGGCUACACCAUCUCUUUCUCCGAGGCUAUAUUAACUGCUUUUAACUUUUGCUUGGCUGUAUCAACUCUUAUUUCCAUUCUUCUGUCCCUCAAAUCCCCAUAUCAUGAAGUUUCUGUAUUGAAUGGGACUGGCUUCUGAAAAUACUGGGCUACACCAUCUCUUUCCGAGGCUAUAUUGAUUUCUUUUAACAUUUGCUUGGCUGUAUCAAGUCUUAUUUCCAUUCUUCUGUCCCUCAAAAUCCCCAUAUCAUGAAGUUUCUGUAUUGAAUGGGACUGGCUUCUUAAAAUACUGGGCUACACCGUCUCUUUCUGAGGCUAUAUUGAUUUCUUUUAACAUUUGCUUGGCUGUAUCAAUCCUUAUUUCCAUUCUUCUGCCCCUCAAACUCCCAUAUCAAGAAGCAUUAGCUGUAUUGAAUCUGCAUUGUGUCUGAACUAUUGGGCUACACUUUUGCUGAGGCUAUGUGAACUUCUUUUAACAUUUGCUCAGCUGUAUCAACUCUUAUUUCCAUUCUUCUGCCCUUCAAAUCCCCAUAUCAUGAAGCAUUAGCAGUGUCUGACCGGGCUGUCCGAGUGACGCCCGGCUGCCUGGCUCACAAGGGUGUACCGUAGAGUGGCUGUGUUACUACCAUGUGGCUUAUACUCCUUACACGGCACAGAGCCCCCACGGGAAGGGUUAGAAGGCCUCCGCUAGGGCAUACAAGGAGGUGAAAUGCCUCCUCCUGUGAAGUGUGGAAGGGGUUAGAAUGCCUCCCACAGUAAGGCUUUAAGGGGUGUGAAUGCCUCCUCUUGUAAAUGGUUUGAAUGCCUCCUCUUGUAAGGCAUAGAAAGGGGGUCUAAGACUAUUGUAAGGCAUGAAAGGGGUUUAGAAUGCCUCCUCUGCAAAACUGGAAAGGGGCUCUGAGGCUUAUUGUAAGGUAUUGAAGGGGGCUCUGUAGGCUUAGUGUAAGGCAUGGAAGGAGGCUCUAGGGCUUUUGUAAGACAGUGAAGGGGGUUGAAUUCCUCGUCCUGUGAGGCAUAGAAGGGAUUAGAAGGCUUCCUGUAACAUGGUUUAGGUGGCUUAUUGUAAGGUGUGGAGGUGUUAGGCUGUGUUAGAGGGACGGAUGUUGUGUGUAGAUGAGGAUGUUUGUAAAUGUCUUAGGUAAAAAAAUCAAUGUUAAAAGCAAAAAAAACUAGCAAGAACAAAAUUUAAGGGAGGAUUUAUAUGUUUUAGAAGUGUUGAAAUAGCAAACACUACCAGGGCACAAAAAAAGAAUGUUGUAAUAAAUUAAAAGCGAAGAAAAUACCAAGAAGCCAAAAAGAUUAAGGAGAGAUUUAGAUGUUUUAGAAACGUUGAAAUAGCAAACACUAGCAAAGGAAAGUUGUAAUUGUUAAAAGUGGAGAAAAUAGCAACAUCGCCAAAAAGAUUAAGGAGAGAUUUAGAUGUUUUAGAAGUGUUGAAAUAGCAAACACUAGCAAAGGAAAGUUGUAAUUGUUAAAAGUGGAGAAAAUAGCAACAUCGCCAAAAAGAUUAAGGGAGGACUUAGAUGUUUUAGAAGCGUUGAAAUAGCAAACACUAGCAAAGGAAAGUUGUAAUUGUUAAAAGUGGAGAAAAUAGCAACAUCGCCAAAAAGAUUAAGGAGAGAUUUAGAUGUUUUAGAAGCGUUGAAAUAGCAAACACUAGCAGGACACAAAAAUGAAGGAUGUAAUAGUUAAAAGCGAAGAAAAUAACAUCAUCGCCAAAAAGAUUAAGGGAGGACUUAGAUGUUUUAGAAGUGUUGAAAUAGCAAACACUAGGAAAGGAAAGUUGUAAUUGUUAAAAGUGGAGAAAAUAACAACAUCGCCAAAAAGAUUAAGGGAGGACUUAGAUGUUUUAGAAGUGUUGAAAUAGCAAACACUAGCAGGACACAAAGAGGAAGAUUGCAAAUGUUAAAACUGAAAAAAAUAGCAAUUCCCCCCAAAAUUAAGGAAAAUUUAGAUGUAUUAGAACCAAAAAAAAAUAGCAACAUCGCCAAAAAGAUUAAGGGAGGACUUAGAUGUUUUAGAAGUGUUGAAAUAGCAAACACCAGCAGGAAACAAAGAGGAAGAUUGCAAAUGUUAAAACUGAAAAAAAUAGCAACUUCCCCCCAAAAUUAAGGAAAAUUUAGAUGUAUUAGAACCAAAAAAAAAUAGCAACAUCCCCAAAAAGAUUAAGAGAGGAUUUAGAUGUUUUAGAAGUGUUGAAAUAGCAAACACUAGCAGGACACAAAGAGGAAAGGAUGUAAAUGACUUAGAUGAAAAAAAAUAAUAGCAGAAAAAACUGUGAUAAAAAAAGAAGGGAAAGAUAUAGAAGGUUUUAGAUAAGAUAAAUAUUUGAAAGAGAAACAAAAAAAUCAUGAAACAAGAAGGAAAAAUUUAAAUGUGUUUGAUGACUUAGUUAAAAAAAAUAAAAGCAGAAAAACUAGUGAUAUAAAAAAGAAAGGAAAGAUAUAGAAGGUUUUAGAUAAGAUAAAUAUUUGAAAGAGAGACAAAAAAUAAUAGAAAACGAGGAGAACUAUAGAUGUUUGAUGACUUAGUUAAAAAAAUUAAAAAAAACUACUGAGAAAAAAAAGGAAGGAAAGCUGUAGAAAUAUUUAGAUAAGAUAAAUAUUUAAAAGAGAAACAUAAAAUCAUAAAAACAAGAGGGAGAAAAUCAUAUAGACGCUUGUGAUGAAUUAUAUAUACAUUGACGUAGGAAUCAAAAUCUCGGAAAACAAGAAAAUAAAAAGACAUACAAGACUCGGAUCAAAAUGUCAACAGAAGUAAAAUUAGUUACCUUGACCAAAUAGGAAGCAUAGGUGAGCGUUCACGUCAUAGAUAAAAUUAGUUCAUGUGAUUAGAAGAAAAAUGCGAUGAUUGUGAUUAUCGAAAAGGUCCCAAAAAUGUUGAUGUAAUGAUUGAAAAAUAUCUUUGUGUGUGUGUGUGUGUGUGUGUGUGUGUGUGUUAAGAUUAUACAAGAAAGACAUAGGUGAUUGUUAAAAGACAUGGUAAUUGUUGUAGAUAAAAAAAAUAAAUGCAAAAACUUAAAAAAGAAAAUAUAGACGAGGAUUUAAAUACUUUAGUUAAAAAAUAAUAAAAGCAAAAAAAUCAUAUAGAAGUGUAAAACAAAUCUACUAAUGUCGAGACUUGAUUUUUUUUUAUAUAUAUAUAUGUAUUUUGAAAAUGGCUUAAUGUGGCACUAAAUAAUUAUGACAGGUUGAAAUUGAGGAAACAGGUGCCUAGAAUUACAUGAAAAGAGAAAAAAUUAUACAUGUGUACUUUGGAAAUGGCUUAAAAUGGCGCUGAAUAAUUAUGACAGGUUGAAAUUGAGGAAACAGGUGUCUAGAAUUACAUGAAAAUAAGUCUGGAAAGGAAAGAAAAUAAAUAGGAAAUGCUCUACAAAUCAAAAUAAAGUAACUUGUGAUAUGUAUUGAAAAGUGGGUAACUAAACAGAAAAGAGAAAAAAAGACUGACAGUGAAAGAAAAUUACGUAAAAACAAUAGACCAAAUGAAAAAAUGAAGAAAGAGAAAGAAAAGAAAUACUGAUGGUUAAAGAAAAUUAGGAAUGAAACAAAAAGAAAAAAAAAUAAAUGAAAUAAAACAAAAUAAACAAGAAAAAUAUGAAAAACGACUUCAAGCGAGAGAAAAAAUGAAUCCAAAAAUAAAGAGAAAAAGCUUAGAAGAAUAAAGGAGAAAAAUAGAUUAACACUACUCAAAAAAAAAGGAAAAAAAUAAUUCUGUAAGUGUAUUGGCAAGGAAAAGAAGGGUUGAGGAAAAGGAAAAAAAGGAAAAUAAAGAAAGAAAAGAUAUAUAUGUUUUAUAAGUCUGGUCAUGGAGUAUGUUUGGCAAGGAGUGGAAGAGUUGCCAGUUUGUACUCGGAAAAAAACAAACACACACACACACACUGGGAAGCUGAAUUACGGUAUAUAUAAAAAACAAAAAAAAUAAUAAUAAUGGUCAAAUCAACUAAGUCAAUUUUGCAAGUUAAUUUUUUACCUCAGCUCAAAUUUCUAGGUAUACUUUUUUUUUUUUGUGGUGUGUGUGUGUGUGUGUGUGUGUUUGUGUGUGCGCAUGUGAGUGUGUGUGUAGCCCUAGUAGAUAAAGAUUAGGUCUGAGUGAUGUAUAUUUUCUGUGUCGUCUCGCUGCGAAAUACUAAAAAAAAAAGAGAGAAUAUGAAUAGUGCAUUACUGAAGAGCAGAAUUGGGUGAUAUAUAUAUAUUUUGUAUGUAACUUUAUUUUGGCCGCGUAACGUUGCAUAGCUUUAAGACGCUCACUACAUAGAUCUCAUGGUGCGCUGGUAGGAGCGAAGGAAGGUGUCGGGAACGGUCUGAAGCUUGGGGCCGUAUAACAGGUCGAAUCCGAGAAGUUUUGGGUCCCUACAGAGUUUGAUUUAGGGGCCGUAUGAUAAGUCGGAUCCAAGAAGUUUUGGCCCGUAUUACAAAUUGGAUCCAAGAAGUUUUGGGUCCCUAUAGAGUCUGGUUUAGGGGCUGUAUGAUAAGUCAGAUCCGAGAAGUUUUGGGUCCCUAUAGAGUCUGGGUUAGGGGCUGUAUGAUAAGUCAGAUCCGAGAAGUUUUGGGUCCCUAUAGAGUCUGGUUUAGGGGCCGUAUGAUGAGUCGGAUCCGGAAAGUUUUGGGUCCCUGCAGAGUUUGUUUUAGGGGGCGUAAUGCAAGUCGGAUCUUAGAAGUUUCGGGUCCCUGCAGAGUUUGCUUUAGGGGCCGUAUAAUAAGUCAGAUCGAAGAAGUUUUGGGUCCGUACAGAGUUUGGUUUAGGAGCCGUAUGAUAAGUCGGAUCCAAGAAGUUUUGGGUCCCUAUAGAGUGUGGUUUAGGGGCCGUGUUACAAGUCAGAUCCAAGAAGUUUCAGGUCCUUAUAGAGUUUGGUUUAGGAGCUGGAUCCGAGAGUUUUGGAUCCCUGCAGAGUUUGGCUUAAGGGCUGUAUUACUAGUCGGAUCCAAGAAGUUUCGGGUCCUUAUAGAGAGUGGUUUUGGGACUGUAUUACUAGUCGGAUCCAAGAAGUUUCGGGUCCUUAUAGAGAGUGGUUUUGGGACUGUAUUACUAGUCGGAUCCAAGAAGUUUCGGGUCCUUAUAGAGAGUGGUUUUGGGACUGUAUUACUAGUCGGAUCCAAGAAGUUUCGGGUCCUUGUAGAGAGUGGUUUUGGGACUGUAUUACUAGUCGGAUCCAAGAAGUUUCGAGUCCCUACAGAGUUUGGUAUGAUUUGAUUGAUUGAUAGGUUAUUGUUGCAAGUAAACAACAAAGGAGAAGGGAGGAGCAUGCCAUCCCAGCCCCCAGGCAGUACAUACAUUCAUUCAUUCAUCGCAAUUUUCAAUGAGGAAAUGACGAGUGUGGCUGCGUUGGUGUUCAUCGGCUUUCUGAACCGAGCGCCUCAAAUGUAAAAAAAAGUGUUACGAUGUACAGACUGUGAUUAUACAACUAAGGAUACAUGUGUAAGUAGCACCAGGAAACUAAAAAGAUACAAUGGUAGGGUGAAAGUAGCACCAGGAAACUAAAAAGAUACAAUGGUAGGGGACAAGUGCUAAAAAAAUAAAGGCCUUGGUUUAGUCAAGGGAGUAGACAUAAGGAGCUUUUUUUUAUUAUUGUUUCCUUUUUUUGUGCCCUUGUGCUGUCUCCUUUGCUGUAAAAAAAAGGGGAAGGGACUGAACAUAUAACUCUGUAGGGAUCUUAAAUUUCUCGGCCCUUAGUCUAUUUUUUCAACUUUGUCUGAUUUACAUAAUUCAAAAAGCUAAAAGCGAAUGUAAAACUAUAAGAAAUGAAAAUCCGCUAUCAUUUUCUUAUCACUAACUUUGUAUAUCACUGAAAAUUAGAGCUAUUAUUAUUAUUAUUAUUAUUAUUAUUAUUAUUAUUAUUAUUACUACACUCAUAACUUUUGAGGGAUGGAAAGAAAUGUGUCUAUAGCUUUAUUGUUUGUAUGUAUGUAUGUUUAUGUGUAUAUACUCAAUGUGUGUUUAAUAUGUGUGUGUGUGUGUGUGUGUGUGCGUGUGUGCGCCAUCUCACUGUUGUUAAUUGGUGCUGGGAAGGUGUGUGUGUGUGUGUGUGUGUGUGUGUGUGUGUGUGUGUGUUCAAGGUGUGAUGUCAUACCUUCGAUUAUUAUUGCUAGUCCACACCUGUUGCUCCUCCUCCUCCUCCUCCUCCUCCUCCUCUUCCUUUUACUCCCAUAUUACUUUUCUAAGACCAUAUUUUAUCUUUUCUUUUUCCUCUAUGAUUAUUUUGCAUUGCCUUUACUAUUUGAUUCAUAAUAUUGUUUGGUAGGCACUAUUAUUAUUAUUAUUAUUAUUAUUAUUAUUAUUAUUAUUAUUAUUAUUAUUAUUGUUAUUAUUGUUGCUACUACUACUACUACUACUACCACUACUACUACAGUCUGAGAGCUUCAUUUAUCUUAUUUCUCUAUGUUUAUUUAUUAUUUUUCAUCUAUCUUUUUUUUUUUAUUAUUAUUAUUAUUCACGGUUCCCCAUUUCCCCUUCCAUGUCUUUCCUUUCCAUUCCCUUCAUUACCCUUAUUUCCCAUCUCUACCACUACUAAAACCACUUCUACUGCUAUUUAUUUAUGUUCAGCAAUGUAAACAGCUAUAGAAACGCAUCCCAUUAUUGUAUUAAGAAAUUAUUUACUCUGUGUCUAUCUGUCGGGAAGAGUGAGAAACAUUGUUAUAUUGCAUUGUAACCUUUGUAAAACCUUAUAAUAUCUUGUUUUAUUCAAUAUGGUUUAGUUAUUUAAGGGUUGUCUAUGUGUGUGUGUGUGUGUGUGUGUUAUUUUUCUCCUCCCUAAGCUGUCUGUCCGGAGGGAAGAGGAAUGAGGAACAAUAUGAAAGCCUAUAAAUUUGAGCCUCUUGUGUGUGUGUGUGUGUGUGCUUUUUCUCCUCUCAAAGCUGUCUGUCUGGAGGGAAGAGGAAAGAGGAAAAGUAUGAAAGCCUAUAAAUUUAAUCCUCUUAAUUGUGUGUGUGUGUGUGUGUGUGUGUGUGUCCUUUCUAUAGUGUGUUCCUGAAAUGUGUGUGUGUGUGUGUGUGUGUGUGUACCUCCUCUCAUCGUGACUCAUGUUGGCUAAGUUUUCUUGAACCUUCGCCCCGUGCAAAAUUCACCAUGCUGCCACCCGCUUUUAUAAAUGGACAGGAAAAUAUAACACUUUGGUAAC